GUUAGUCGUUUUAUUGAAACUAUUGAGAAUGGAGAGUACCUUUAAAUUUUUAUGUUUAUUAGUCAGCUGCAUUUUAGUGUAUUGCGCCGAUAAUACUAUAGUGCAAUUGCCAAAUGGAAAAAUUAAGGGAAAAUUGCUUACACUUAUGAAAGUAAGAUAAAAUUUUGGGCCUUUCUAGGAAUACCAUAUGCUGCUCCACCAGUUGGUAACAACAGAUUUCAGCCACCACAACCUGUACAAAAUUGGGAUGGAAUACUAAAAGCGACGGGUUCACCAAUAUGCUAUCAAACAGGUUUGGAUCACAAAAACUCAGGAGAAGAUUGUUUAUAUCUUCAUGUUUACACUCCUCAGGAACCUGGUAGCAAUUCCUCCUUACCGGUCAUGCUAAAUAUCCAUGGAGGAACAUUCAGAAGAGGUGCAGGUUAUUCAGGUUACAUAGCACCUCAAUAUUUAAUGAAACAAGAUAUUGUUGUGGUUUCUAUUAACUAUAGACUAGGACCAUUUGGAUUUUUAUCCACUGGCGAUACAGUUAUUCCAGGUAAUAUGGGUCUUAAAGAUCAACAAUAUGCAAUAAAGUGGACCAAAAACAAUAUCCACCUAUUUGGUGGUGAUCCAGAAAAAAUAACCAUCAUGGGUCAAAGUGCAGGAUCUGCUUCGGUUACUUACCACCUUCUUAGCCCUUCUUCAUCAGGACUUUUUAGAGCAGCUAUAGGUCAAAGUGGUUCAGCUUUAAACACUUGGGCUUUCCAACGUCAUCCUGUUGAUGUAGCAUAUGGAGUAGCAGCUCUUAUUGACCCUAAUUUUUCGAGGAAUAGAUCGUCAGAAGAGCUAUCAGCUUUUUUGUUGAAUGCGGAUGCCAAAGCUAUACAUAAAACGGGAACAAAAUAUGGUACAUUUGCUCCCGUGAUAGAAGUGGAACAUGAAGGUGCUUUUAUAACUGAAUCAAUGUAUGAAGCAGCUGAAAAGGGAAAAAUUAACAGAGUGCCUUACCUAGGAGGCAUUGCUUCUGAAGAGGGAAUUAUACAAGCUACAAAUUUACGAGCAUGGGAGAAAACUGUUAAGACUUACGACAAGGAUAGUCGGAAUCUGGUAGAUGAAGAUAUGUAUAUUGACGAUAAUGAUAAAGAACUAGAAGUUGCAAAUAAAAUUAAACUAAUUUACACAAACAGAACAUUUAUAGAAGAUAUUGGUUCAUCUAUACAGUAUAUGAGUGACAACAGAUACGUGAGAGCUCCGAUAAAAUUUGCCCAAUUGAUAUCACAGUAUACCGAUGUAUAUUUUUAUCAAUUUUCAUAUCACGGUAAAUUGGGAGGAAAUACGCAUUUAAUUGAUGGAAUUCCAAAAGUUGGACAUGGUGAGGAUUUAAAUUAUUUCUGGUCAACUCGCAAAACUUUGGAUGAUUUUCCGGAUUCAGACAAAAAAACUGUGGACCGUUAUGUUGGAUUGUUAACCAAUUUUGCUAAAUAUUUAAACCCUUUGCCAGAAAAGUCAGAAUUAUUUCAAAACUUAACACUACCCAAAUUCACGGAAUAUAAUACCUACUAUUUGGAUAUAGAUGAAAAUUUGGAAAUCAAAAAGCAACCGAGAGAAUUUUCAUUUCAAAAAUGGGUCAACAUCUUCGAAGAAUAUGCUAGA